CUGGACCCGCGGGGCUAUGCAGGAAAGCGGGAACGGCAUCACUGUGGCAGCCAAGAAGAUGAGAGACUGCUCCUCUACGAAGGCCGUCCGUGACUUCCUGAAGGAAGCCUAUCACCUCAUCAACAUAGGCCAUCACCGCAACAUCGUCAACAUACACGGCAUCUGUCUGCAGGAAGGCCCGCUGAUGCUGGUACUUGAGUACUGUGAGCACGGCUGUGUGCUUGACUACCUGUGGGAACUUGAGAAGCGAGGGCGGAUGGAGACCAUCAUGGACCCUACCAAGCCGCUGGUAUCUGCGGAGGAAGGACAGAAACUCACCGGGUACGCUGUGGACGUGUGCAACGGGCUCAAACAUCUGGCCAGCAAACGGUACGUCCAUCGCGACAUCGCCGCCCGUAACGUGGUGAUUCAUGGGAAGGGCAUGGCUAAGAUCUGUGACUUCGGCCUGACCAGGGACGUGUACACCGAGAUAUACACCAAACAGGGGCUGAAGGACGCCACCCUGCCGUACAAGUGGAUGGCCAUCGAAAGUCUGGAGGGAGACGGAGAAUGCACCCACAAGAGUGACAUGUGGUCAUUUGGUGUAUUCUUGUGGGAGCUUGGAACUCUGGGUAAAACCCCGUACCGCGGCAUGGACACAGCCUUCCUGGUGGAGGAACUGCACACCGGCUACCGACUGCCCAAACCGAAGGGCUGCCCUCAACUGCUGUACGACCUGAUGUUCAGCUGCUGGCAGGAGGACCCGGAAGCGAGGCCGGAAGCUCUGGAGAUCUGGAAGAACCUGGUGGAAGUCAGGGACGCCAAAACGGGCUUCUUCAGCUACGUGUUUCAGACUCGCGCUAUCGCCGAUACACCAGACUUCACCGACUCACCGGUACCCGAGUUUACCGACACACCUGACUUCACCGACACACCUGUCCCUGACUUCACCGACACACCUGAUAUUGCGGACAUCCCUGAUUUUACCGACACACCUGACGUUGCGGACAUACCUGACGUGGCCAACGUACCCGCUAUCGCUGCUGUGCCUGCCGUUGCUGAUGUGCGCUCUGGUCUGGGACCGGUGUCGCGCCUCGUGCCUUACACGGGACACCCAGAUGUCCAUCAACGCGUUAUGGACGUCUCCGAGGUGUAGAGAGGGAGAGAGGGAGAGAGAGGGAGAGAAUGAGAGAGAGACAGAGAGAGAGGGAGGGAGGGAGAUAGAUGGAUAGGGAGUGAAAGAAUGAGAGGGAGAAAAUGAGGGAGAGUGUGUGAGAGAGAGAGAGAUAGAGGGAGAUGUGGCACUAACAUACUCUCCAAUCAGCCUGUUUUCCUGUUUUUUAAGAAGCAUUUUAGACGUUUUGUUGGGAUUUCUAUUUCUUUUUUCUUUAUUUCCUAGCCAGGAUAAAAAGGGUACAACCGAUUUUCUAAAGAUCCGAAAACGGGUCUUACCUCUGCCUUAGGAGUAGUAUUGGCAGUGAUCUUGUCAAUCAAGAAUAUGUAUAUAUCCAAAUAACGUUAAUUACUAAGACAUGCUCUGCAAUAGACAAAAUUGGAUCACUUGAAUGUAUGUGGUUUGCCGAUGUUGUUUUGAACACAAAGUCAAAGAGGCUAAUCUGUGCACAAUAGUAAUUGUGACAUGCCUUGGUUUGAUAUUUGGAAUCAGUAUUCAGCUUUAUAUUGCCAUUUGUUCAAGAGUGUAACUUUUUGAGCAGAAAAUAUAUGUUGUAGGUUAGUUUAUAUUUCAUAUCAUAUGAAACUGUUGUAUUGUACUGCAGACUAGUCAUGAGUAUAGCGAGAGCUUUCAAAGAUCCCCGCUAUAUUAUGCACGCAUUUGUGUGAGGUUUAAGUCUGUAUUUGUUGCACAGAAAUGCUGCUUUUAUCAUGUUUGCAAUACGAAACAGUGCCUUGUACGUUGUGCAGUACGACAGUUUAUAACGUUUUGCAUAUCCAUGUUUAUAUUAUUAUAAUGUAAUGUGACUUGUUGACAAUUAUUCAGGAAACGUGACUGUAUAUAAAGGAAUAUAUAAUACCACCAGAAAUCAACUUGUUGUUGCAAUUUAACUAGCCGAGCAAGAUAUUAACAACUAUAGUUGGGUUGAUAUUACUUGUAAAUAUUUAUCCUCAUUAUAAUAAUAAUACUUGCUAUUUUACCUUGUCGUGCAUGUGUACAAGGUUGUCAUUGGCGUAUAUAUCCAUUAUUUGUGUAGAAUUGCAGUGUUCCUGCAAAGGAUUGAGUGACGUUUUAUUGCUGAAACUGAUAUAAUCGUUUGGCUUUAUGUUACGCCAGGUUGUACAUUAUUUCUAUGGCCUUCUCCAUGUUUGACCAAUUUUUCGUUGCUGUGUCAGAACUGUUUGUUACUUUCCCACAUUAUAUUCGGGAAUAAAAUCUUAUCUUUUUCGCAAGAGUUGCGAUCGUAAAA